UUACUUAAAUCCUUUUUAAUUGUUAUUUGCCUAAAAUAAGAUAAAAUUAAGUACUCUUUUCAUAUAAAACAAACACAAAUUGCUUCAUUAUUCACAAAAUAGCAAGAUGGGUUUGUUGAAAAGUCAAGCCCUUGUGCUUUUUGCCACCUUUACAAUUCUUCUUUCUGGCAUCACUGCUAAACAUGCAGGUCGUCCCUCAGACAACAACUUGAACUCGUUGAUAAAUAACAUUUUUAGCGCCGUUCUCCAUAGUCGAGGAACUUCAUCAAACCAAAUCCUUGAAAAACUCAUUUCCGCAGACGGAAACGUUGACGUAGCCGUUAGUGGCAUUAACGCGGAAAUUAAAGGCGAUCUCCUCGCAGUUGACGGCGAUCAAGUCCGAGUGAACCAAGAAGAAUUGAGAAACUUACUAAUAGACGGAAUCAAAACAGCCAUCCAGGAGAAAUCCGCCAGAAAUCCGUACUUGGCAAAAAUCCUUGAACAACGUUUCGACCAACUCUAUGCCUCUCAACUUGUGCUAUUAGACGAGUCUAAUGCUAUCCCAUUGAGCAAAAUCCAAGAACUGUUAGAAAAAACAAGUCGCUCGAGGAGCAAACGCGACGUCCAAGUGCGCGAUUUUGACUUGGGUACGAUAAUAUCCGAAAUUUUGGGCAACGCGCUUAAGGGGCAAUUAGUGGGUCUUGUUAACACACUUCUUGAGCAAGUUAAAGGCGCCUUGCAGGCUUUGUACGUGCCGACGCCUCCAUCAGGCAAUGACUUUGAUACUAUUUUGACUUUUGUUGUGAACACGCUAGUGAAGAGGGCGCUAGAAAUUAUAACUGUGGUGCAACAAAAUUUGGAGCAAAUUAUUAAUAUUCUUCCGAGUCCGGAUGUUCCGGUUAAUGGAACGGCACCAGUGUCGCGAAGGAGGCGAGCAGUGGAGGAACAACCUUUUGCAAUCACUGCACAAGAAGGUCUUCUGGAUGUAAUCGUUCGACCAGUGCUGGAAUUGUUGGCUUCAAUCCUUACUCCAGUGAAUGAACAAAUCAAAACUCUUGUUGAUUCGGUUUUGAAUGGACUCGCUCCUAUUGUUGGAACGUUGAUUAUCACGAGGAUAAGGAACGUGAUUAUUGCACUGGUUGAUCUGCUUAUACCAGCGAAUCCGAUUUAAUUCAAUGUUUUGGGCAAAUCGAGCAACUAUUUACAAAUUUUGUAAAUGAGUUGAAAUAAAUAAUUUGAUUUCAUAAUUGUUUUCUUUACACGUGUGUGACGUUGAUAUUUGUGAAAAUGUGUUGAUGUUGAAUCAAGUGUAUUAUUCUUGUGUAUGAAUUUAUAACAUUGUUAUUGUUUUAUUGAUACUUUUCAUUGGCAUCGUAACACUUGCACUUGCAAAAUUGAGCAGUGUAAACAAAUCAUUUAAUCGAAGCAGUAUCUAAGGUCAACAAAUAUUUUCACGUCCAAGCUGGACUUAUCUUUUAUAAUUUCUGUACAAGUCAUUUAAAAUGCAUUCAUCGUUGUUUAUAAAAUUACGAACAAUUAAAUAGCUCAAUUGGGAUAAAUACGAGGGCAAGGUGAGAAAUUCUCGGCCUACCACAGAUUUAACAUUGUUAUCAAUAAAAAUUUUAUGCGGGAGCAAAUCAUUAUGUCAUAAUAGCAUUCCUCAAGUUUCGUCUUAAUCUGACAAAUAGUUUUUUUAUGAGCUUUUUUUAAUGUAAAGGUGCAUGUCUGUUUUAAACAAUGGAUAAAAUGGAGAACUUCUUUGUUUUGGAGGGAUUAUUGCCAACAGAAAUUUAUCCAAAGUUGGUGAGAGUUUAUAAUAAAGAGUCAACCUUUUCAUAUUCUACUGUAAAAAAUGGCCAGCUGAAUUCGAACGUGGUAGCACAUCUCUCAGUGAUGAGUUUUGUGAAGGACGAACAAAAACAGUAACCACGGAUGAAAACAAACCUCAAAAAAAUGCACAGUUUGGUUUCGAUGAUCGGCGAAUGAAAAUGUAUGAAAUAGCUAAGGUUAUAGGGAUAUCUGAGAAAUGGGUGUAGUUUAUUUUGCACCAAGAAUUAGAUACGAAAAAAUGCCCAAUGCAUCUGCCCACAAAGGCGAUCUGCCAAUGGGAAAAUUGAGAGAUUUAAAAUAUAAAUUAUUAGAACAUUCUUCAUAUUCACCAGACUUUCACCAACCACAAAUUUAAGAGAAAUUGUGGUUAGGAAAGAUUAUCACUCGAAUGAGGAGGUGUUUGAGGCUGUAAACAAGUAUUUUGCAGACCUACUAGAACGUCACUUCAGGGAUGUGAUUAAAAAAUUAGAAACACACUGCAUUAAGUGUGUUGAACUAAAAACUAAAUAUACAGGGUGUCUCAGCUAAGACUUUCGAGGUUAAUAUCUCAGUCAUUUGUCAACGGAUUGUUAUGAAAUUUAGAAUGCACAUAUUUUAGGAGGUGGCCUGUCAAUUAGGGGCAAAACAAUAACCUCAAGUUAAAAAAUUAAAUUUUAAAACACAUUUUUUUUUAAAUUACCGUUGGAACAUUAAACCCCGAAAAAUAAAUGGCCACACAAAAAAUUAACCAAAUCGCUCGGCUGAUCCAAGAAAAAAAUUAAAUUUUGUUGUUAAAAACUUAAUCCAAAUUUUGAUAGUAAUUUGGGCAGUCACCUUUUGAAACAAUUGAUGAAGCAUUUCUAUGCGGCAUUUUGUGAACCAUUGAAAAAAACUGUUAAAAGUGUGCGCGCUGUUAGAAAAGUAAAAUUGUUUUAAUUUGGUGAAAUUACUUUAAAAACCAACAACAGUGGCUGAAAUUUCUGUGUUGUUGAAAAAGGAAUCAAUAUUCACCUAUGGAAAGUGUCGUUGGACUUUUUGUGAAAUUUUAUUUAUGAAAUUUAAAGUUCAAAGAAUCGUCAAUAAUUUGAAGACACAGAAAGCGUACCUGAACUAAUUCGAGUGAGGACAAAAUACGUCACUGGAAACGAAGCAAUAGUUGGGGCUGUAAUUCAAGCUUUUGAAGAGUAUCCAAUCAGCAGUGUACGAAACAUUUCCAAAGUCCUGAAUGUUUAAGUGUCUAGAAUUUUUUAGUUGUUAUUUAGUCUUUUAGCCCUUUUUGAAAGAAUUAAAGCAUCUAGUAGCAAAAGUAAGUCAAAAAUAUUGUUUUUUAACUUUGUAUGGGUGAGAGAUAAUUGUCAAAUGUCCCUUGCGUGACAAAUACGUUUCUGCGAGUAGGGUUGACCAAAAUUAUUGAAUUUCACUACCAUUGGGUAGUGCUCAUUUGUCUCAUAGAGAUCUACGCUUUUCAUCAGUAUCCACGUUUAACAGUUUGUUUCUCAUUUUUCUCGCGAAACAGACGUCUUCCACGAACGAGCUUUUUCUGACAGCAUUUUUCACUGACGAAAUUUAUUUAAUAUAAGUCUUAAAAGGCUUAACAUUUUAGAAAGGCAUGUAAAAAUUACUUUUUAAGACUUGAGUUGUUGCAUUAAUUGGAUUUUAAUCUUUAUCUUCUAAAAUAUCUGCAUUUUAAAUUUCAUAAAAAUCCGUUAACAAAUAUCUGAGAUAUCAGACUCGAAAGUCGUAGCUGAGACACCCUGUAUAAAGAAAUAAAUGCAUAUUUGAAUUAAAAAACCAAGUCUUUCAUUGUUAGGCCGAGAAUUUUUCAACUUGCCUUCGUAAAUACUAGGAUGCGACACGACGUAUUUUCCUGUUCUUGUGGCCGUCAGUUUUAAGAGCAAUAACAAAAAAUUACAGGCGUUACAUUCUCAAUAUUGUAGAAGAAAAAAAAUUAAAAAAUCAAAAAAAUAAGUAAGUGGGCAAGAAAGUGGGUUAAACAUUCUAGUCAAAAAUAUUAACGUAAAUUAACCAAGCGAAAAUAAAAACGGACAUUCAAAGGUAAUUUGAUCAUUAAGGACGAGUUAGAUGGGUCAUGAGUGGAUUUGAGAGUUUCUAACGAUUCUAGAAAAAUUAAAAAUGGCCUUUGUUGAAAAUUUAAAUAAUUUUGACAUUAUCUGUGAGGGAAAAGGAAUGACCGGGAGUAAGAAUAUGGGAAGCGAAUGAAGAUGUGUUGUUAUAUGCGUAUUUUUGUAUUUUUCUAUUGUCCUUACAUGUUCUUGUAUUCUAGUUGCAAUCUUGCCCACUUACUUAUUUUUUAAUUUUUUUGAAUUUAUUUUGUAAUUUAAAUUCAUUAUCUUUUUAUACCUCUUGUUACGCCUCCCGUUAGAGGCCGGAUUUAAAAAAAAACAUAAUUUCUAUUGCUUAUAUAAAAAACUUUUUAUUAGUACUUCAGACUUCUAUUUGAUUAAACUGAUUAAACGUUUUGUUCAAUUUUUUACACUUUGGAAAAUUUUAAGUAACUUUAUAUUAUUUGUUAUUUUUAGAAAUUCAUUUUUAUCACCUUACCUUUUGUAGAUUAAAUUAACACGUUACCCACUAGAGGUUGGGGUUUUUUCAAAAAUUUUGUCCGUUUUUUGUCAUUUAACGUCCAUUUUGUGCACAAAACUUCUAAAUUACUGCUUUAUACUAUUUAUACUAAUAGUUUUAAUAUCAGUUUUUUUUACAAAUUUUCCAAAAAAAAUUUCUCCUUUAUGACACUGCCAAAAACUAGGUAAGAUUUUUCCAUCUCUGUAGCUGACUCCUUUUUAAACUCUCGUAACAGGCACUGAUGAUGAGACACACGAAGUCUCGAAACCGCUCUGCCCCUUCAUACAUGUAAAUCUGGUUUUAAUUAAAAUUUGUGGGAUCGACUUUGGUUUUUCAACUCCUCUUAUCUCUUGAAAAAAUUGGCCCACUUUCAGAUAAAAGGAUGUUUCCUUCCAAUUUAUACUAGUAGUUAUUGGGCGGUAACGAUCUUCUUCUUGAAGUUUCCAUAACUUCAUUAAUUACUUAUUCCUUUACCUUCCUUCGUCGUUUCCCUCUUUCAUCCUCGUUGUUUGGAAUUUUUUUUCUUGAAGUAACUUGGUACAUUUUUUUAUCACUUCUCAUGCAAUUAGACUCACACUUUUGACAGUUUUUUGUCAUUGUUCUCAAUUUUCCUGCUUCUAGUUUAACAUGAACGAUUUUGUAUUACAAAUGCUUGUUGCGUUGUGUAUUCGUUGAACAUUUUUCGAUAUCCAACGUUUGUUGCAUCUUUAUAUAUCCAAUUUCAGUUCAUAGUAGAAUUGCAACAGCGCAUUUGAAUUUUUUGGAGUGAAAAAUAACGCACAAAUUGAGAGUUUCGGUAUAAGAAAAGACUGUGUUAAACUAAAUUCCAGCGACACACUUUGAGCUAAGAAAACCCACCGGAUGUAUAUACCAUUUCAGAAUAAAAAAAAUUAUGUUUCCUUGGUCACUACAGUUUCAUGAUUCUAUUAUUUUAUACAUCAUUCAUUUAACAAAUAAUAAUAAUAAUUUAACACAUAAUAAUUAUUUUUCUUGAGUAUUUUUUUACUGCAUUAUUGUGUUUUAUAUUAGUUUUUAAAGAAGAAUUAUGAUUAUGAUUGUUAGCCCAGUCAAAUUAGACAAAAAUAAAGCGAUGGAUGGAAAAAAUUCCUAGAGAGUUGGAAUUUUUUUAAAAACUUUCUUUACACCUGAGUAGAUAUACAGGGUGCUCAAAAACUGGUGCACCAACUCAGUGGUACGUUAUUGAGAAGCAAAUGCAGAUUACGGAAAAAAUGUUGAAAAAAAAAUUUAAAAUUCAUCCAAAAAAUCACAAUGCGUAGAUGUGCCAACACUGGGAAUUAUUUCCUAGGAAACCGUUUCAAAAAUAAUUUAUUUUUAUUGUUGCUUAAAUUCUAUUGCGAUCAUGACAAAAAAACAAAAAAAGGCUGCUCGGGGAUAUGUCUACCCAAGUCUAAAGGAAGCUCUUAAAAAAACUGCAACUCUCUAGGAAUUUUUUCCACCGAUUUGUCUAAUUUGACUGGGCUAUUUUACUCACAUACACUUUAAAUUUAAGAAAAUGAGAAAUAGAAGAGAAAUAGAAAACAUUUUUUAUUCUUUGGUAAAGUUUGAUCGAGUGUUGUUUCAUUAGUUAGUUAUUAGUAGCAGAAAUAUUGCUUGAGGAGUCGUUUAGCUAUUUCAGACUGCGUAAUUUACGUAAUUCGUGUUUUUGGAAUUAAACGUGCGCGGUAUUUUUCCAAUUAUUGUACUAAAAACGCUCUUAAUUUCGGAUAAACAAAUUAUUCUCACUAAAGGAAUUUAUAGUGGCCAAAAGUCAUUUCAUCUUUUAUCUUUAUUAUCUAAAAGCAAACGUAAGUAAUUAUCCCCAAAUCCUUUCUUUGCGAACCCAUUGUUGUAUUUUUUUUUCAUACGAAAUAAUUCGGCGAUAAAAUGAUUGUGCAGAUUUUCGUUUGUAAAUAAAAGAUGUCUUUUAUGGCUAAAUCCUCAACCUAAAAGAUAAGUCAAGAGCGAGUAUAAGAAACAGCCAAUUUAGUUUUAAUAUAGUUAUCAAAAUGGGUCUCCGAAGCUUUUCGGUUAUCAUUUUUUGUUUAUUAGCCAUCACCACAAGUGGCUUAUCACUCAGUUCUGAAGUAAAAAGUAAAAUUAUAAAUGAAUUAUUGGCCAUUCACGACACCUCCGAAAGUCAAAUUUUAAGCAAACUUGUUGAAGCAAAUGGCAACGACCAAGCCAUAAUCAAUGGAAUUAAUUCCGAAUUGAAAGAAAAUCUUUUACACAGAGACGGUGAAUUAGUUAAAAUUAAAACUGAAGCUUUGAAAAAAAUUCUCGGGAAAUCAACUGAACAGAUAGCUUCGAAAUGGUCCGGCAGUCCUGCCCUAGCGUCCAUUUUACGAGAGGCCAUUGAUCAAGGACUUGAAUCACAAAAUGACGAUUUGGAAAUUUGGGCUGAAGACAAUGCGAUACCGGUUAAGGAUUUAGUGAAUUUUUCUCAAGGGAAUGAUCGGAGAAAACGUUCAGUGGAAAAUGGUACGGAAAUUGUUCCUCUAGGUGGUUUCUCAUUGAACAUAAUAUUUGACGUAGUUAGGGGAUUGUUGGCUUUCAUUACGAGCCCAAUUAAUGGCCUUGUGAAAGGGGUACUGAAGAGUAUAUUAGAAGGUGUUUACCCUACGAUUGGAUAUUUACUUUUGUCACCAUUGAGGGCAAUCUUGAAUACUGUUCUUGAUCUGUUGCUUCCGUGUAAUAAUUGUACUGCGUUGUAAAAUUUUGGUACAAUAAAUUUUAACCUUGCA